AUGGGCCUGAGAUCGCUGCUGAAGCGCAAGAAGAAGACCAAGGGGGGCGCGACGGUGUCCGAGGACGACGUCUACCUGUCGGACGCCUCCAGCGCUGAUGAGGCGAAGCCGGCGAACCACAACGGCGGGACAGCCGAGGCCGAGAGGCUGGAGCCCGUCCGGGAGGACGCGGUACCGGACGCGGACAUCCCGCCCGGUGUUCCGGACGGCCCAGCGAAGGUCGCCGAGGGCGGCGUGGCGGCGAUGGGCGGAGAUUCGGUCGACGUCUCGGCGCCCGGGGCGCCCGCGGCGCCCGCGGCACCCGCGAGGGCAACGAUCACCCCGCCGGAGGUGAAGAAUUCAAGGGAUGGAGCGGAGGCGGGUGACAAGGGCGGUGACGCGGCGGGAGCCGGACCCGCCCCCGCCCAGGAAAAGGCCAAGGUGGAUCCGCCAGCCAUGGUCGUGGAUGCCCUGCACGUGCUCUACGCCGCUGGCGCCGUGUACCUGCUAUUCGUCUUGGGCGUCGUCGCGUUCUUCGGCGUUGGCGUGUGGGAGACCGUCUUCUACACGCUGCUGGCCACACCCCUGGGCCUGGGAUACAGCUGGAUCCGGGAGGAGAAUAAGAGGCGGAAGGAGGAGUUCGCUCAGAUGUUGAGGUGCACACCAGGAACCAAGGGCCUGGCUACUAUGUUGGGCCAGCAGCCGACGUGGCUGCAGUACACGGACAAGGAGAAAGUGGUCUUUCUCAACAAAUUUCUGGAGCAGGCAUGGCCCUUUUAUGACAAAGCAGUCUGCACAACUAUCAAGGAAGUCGUGGAGCCCAUCAUGAAUGAUUUCAAGCCAGUUGGAUUCAACAGAAUUGGAUUCAAGAGCAUCACAUUUGGGGAUGUGCCAAUACGAAUUGAAGGUGUCCGCGUUGACACGACAGAGGGCGACGAUCGAUCCAUAAUCAUGGACCUCGAUGUCCGCUGGUGUGGCGAUGCGAGCAUCGUGCUGGCUAUUGAACUCACAGGAGAGGCCACCCGUAUGGCACCAAAGAUCACGGAUAUCCAGCUGGUGGGCGGGAUCCGCGUGGUCAUGAAACCCUUGGUUGACGUUAUCCCCGGCUUUGGAGCAGUUGUGGUCACAGCCCUGCGCCCGCCCAGCAUUAAGUUCAACCUCGACUUUGGCAAGGCCCUUGGCGGCAGCAUGGCGGGCAGCCCUGUGAAGACCCUCAUCAACGGCUUCCUCAAGGACACUCUGGCCAACAUGUUGGUGUGGCCCCAGAGGAUGGUGGUGCCAAUACUGGACGAGGCAGUCACGGGCCCCCUGGACCACCUGCAGCUGCACAGUGUAGGCCUGCUGCUGGUGACAGUGGUGGAGGCGGAGGGGCUACCCAAGGCGGACACAUUUGGCUCGUCCGACCCACAGGUUGACAUGUUCACAGAGACGCACCGCCACGCGGUCACCACAGUCAAGAAGAACACCCUGAACCCCAAGUGGGGCGAGGAGUUCUACAUGUUGGUCCAGGAGCCUACUUCGCAGAAUCUCAUGGUGCUCGUCAACGACAUUGACGCAGUCAACGUCAGCCUGAAGCUGAACGUGGUGAAGAGUGCAAAGGAGGCUUUAGGGGCCAAGACGCCGCUCGGCAGGGCCGUCGUUCCCCUGAGCGUGGCCACAGAGCGCGAGGGCCGUACCGUGGAGCGCACCUUCGACCUGGGCCCCAAUGACUUCUCGGACACGCACGGCCCCGGCGUGGGCUGCGGGACCAUCACCCUCAAGAUGCUGUACAAGUCCUUCGAGUCGCUGCAGUCGGAGGACUCCUCCAGCGGGGCCGUGAUCGUCACGGUGCUCCGGUGCAGGGACCUGGUGGCCAAAGACAGGGGCGGGACCUCGGACCCAUACGUGAAGGUGAAAAUUGGACGGAAGGAGUUCAAGACGGUGGUGGUGCCCACCAGCUUGAGCCCUGUCUACAACGAGAAGUUCGAAUUCUUCGACCCUCGGCCGGGCCACUGCGUGACGACCGACGACGAACUGAAGGUGAAGGUCUACGACAAGGACACCUUGAGCGACGACUUCAUGGGCCGGCAGGACAUACCCAUCUCCGACAUCGUCGACACGUGCAGGAGCAACGGCGUCUGCAGGAAGUGGUACCCCCUGGAAGACACCAAGAGCGGAGAGGUCGAACUGAAGAUCGAGUUCAUUCCGUUCACGUGA